CGACAAGUCUGCUAAAUCUGUCGUGAAUACACUUCUUUUUUAUUUCCAACAUUACGGUACACCCCUUCGAAUACAUUGCGACUAUGGCAAAGAAUUCGACAAUGAUCUUAUGAAAGACCUCUGUAGUCUUUAUGACAUCAAAAUGACAUUUUCUAGCGUUAGUCACCCUCAGUCCAAUGGAUCGGUCGAACGAUUCCAUGCCACUUUAUUGGAAAUGAUUAGAACGCACGUGUCUGAAAAUCCGAGCGAACACCCCUUUAAUAUCCUACCCUAUGCUGUUCAGUGCUACAAUAGCACAAGGAACAAAACCACAGGAUUUACUCCCUACGAACUUGUCUUCGGACAUACAUCUGGUCGCCCCCCAGAACACGUCUACCUUGAAUAG